GAUGAACGCUCGGGCAGAGGAAGAGGCAUGGAGCCCAGGAGCCUCUCCGAGAAUAUGUCUCCGAUAUUUACGUCCUCAUAUGAAAGCAGGUUUGCUGAUGUGGACGAUAUACUCCAGGAAGAUGAUUUUAGCUCAGGUGAGGAAGCCGAUAGUUGUGUUGCAAAUUGUGAGGAGAGUCCCAGCUACGAUCCUAUAGAGAGCGAGUCCUGUAUGGGAGAUAGCUGUUUCCAAGACGAGUUCUCCACCGAUGAGGUUUCCACAGGCGACUGCUCCGAUGAUGAUAGGUCCAGCACCUGGAGCGUCUCAUCCGCGGGCAGCUACGGCAAAAGGAUUAGCGACAUUGUGGGGGAUAUAACAGAUGAUUUUGAGGGGGAUAUAAGAGAUGAUCUUACGGGGGAUAUAAGACCAGAUCUUGUGGAGGAUAUAAGAGAUGAUCUUGUGGAGGAUAUAAGAGAUGAUCUUGUGGGGGGUAUAAGAGAUGAUCUUGUGGGGGGUAUAAGAGAUGAUCUUGUGGAGGAUAUAAGAGAUGAUCUUGUGGAGGAUAUAAGAGAUGAUUUUUCGGGGGAUAUAAGACCUGAUCUUGUGGAGGAUAUAAGACCUGAUCUUGUGGGGGAUAUAACAGACGAUUUUGCUGGGGAUAUAAGAGAUGAUUUUUCAGAGGAUAUAAGACCUGAUCUUGUGGGGGAUAUAACAGAUGAUUUUGAUGGGGUUAUAACAGAUGAUUUUUCGGGGGAUAUAAGACCUGAUCUUGUGGAGGAUAUAAGUCCUGAUCUUGUGGAGGAUAUAAGACCUGACCUUGUGGGGGAUAUAAGUCCUGGUCUUGUGGGGGAUAUUAGAGAUGAUUUUACGGGUCAUAUUGGAGACGAUUCGUUGGACAAUCCGUUGGGAGAUCCGUUGGACAAUCCGUUGGUAGAUCCGCUGGUAGAUCCGUUGGUAAAUCCGAUGGUAAAUUCGUUGGUAGAUCCGAUGGUAAAUCCGAUGGUAGAUCCGAUGGUAAAUCCGAUGGUAAAUCCGAUGGUAAAUCCAUUUGUCAAUCCGUUGGGAACCCCGUUUGGAAAUGGUAUGAAUGUCCCAACUGAAGACACUGUGGAAGACACAGUGAUGGGAAGUCUAAGUGACGACAUUGAAAAAAUGGUGGACGAUGCUUCAGACGAUACGUUAGAGUAUUCUGUGGAGGAGGCUUUGGAUGAUCAUUUAGACGAUGAUGAUAUGGAAGAAGCUGUAGAUGACUCCUUAGAUGAUGGGGUGGAAGAUGCAGUAGAGGACGCAUUAGACGGAACUGCAGAGGAUGAUUUGGGGGACCAUGUAGAAGAUAAUAUGGUAAGCCCAGAUGAAGACUUCAUGCAAGAUGAUUCUCUCGAUCUUAUGGAUGAUCCAUCGGACGAAUUAUUAAUCGAUUUAAAAUUUUCAGAUCCAGGUGAUUUUGAUGGAAGUAUGAAUCGAGAAUAUGACCAGGUCAAUGUGAACGUUACUCAGACUUCAGUAAAUUGGGAUUCUAUGGGAAACAGUUUUCACCCUUAUAAUAAUACCUGCUCUUAUGGUUGUAGGAACUCAGAUCUAUCUCAACAAAUAUCUGAAGAAGAGCUAGAUGAGAGGAUCUACAAUUUGGGUUCUAUUGUAGAUGUAAGGGAUAUGUACAUCAUAUGGAAUUAUGUAAAUGAUAAUGAGAAGAAAAAGUUUUAUAGCAUGAGGACCAUGUUGCUGACCUACUGUGAUUGCCUAGCUGAUGCCUGUGAAACCCCUCGUGAAAUUAAAAAACAAGAAUGGUUAAAAGUCCAUCGAUUUAUGAAUAGAGUAUUUUUACGAUACGAAAAGAGAUUCACGAAAUAUAUUCACUCCUUUUUGAAAUAUGGAAGGACCGACCGAUGGAGAUUUAUCGACUUUUUAAAUAAAUACAAAGCCAAGUGCAACAAGUUCAGGAUCGUCAUGUAUAACUACUGUAAGAGCAACAUAUUCACCAGGCUGGACACGUACCAACGCUUUUUGGUCGACGUGAAUUGA